AUGGAUGUGAAAAACGCAUUUCUCAAUGGUGAUCUUAGUGAAGAAGUUUAUAUGCAGCCUCCUCCUGGGUACGAUCAUCCGCCACACAAGGUUUGCAGACUUCGCCGGGCGUUGUACGGUUUGAAACAGGCUCCACGGGCUUGGUUUGCCAAAUUCAGCUCCACUAUUGCGCAGAUUGGGUUUGUUUCUAGCCCCUAUGACUCUGCUCUUUUUAUCCGGCGAUCUGAUGCUGGUCUCAUUCUUCUCUUACUAUAUGUUGAUGAUAUGAUUAUUACUGGAGAUGAUACUGUUGGUAUUCGUAAUCUUCAACAGUUUUUGAGUCAACAAUUUGAGAUGAAGGAUUUGGGUUUUCUCAACUACUUUCUUGGAUUGGAAGUGUCUUCUGAUCCAAAAGGUUACUAUCUCUCUCAAGCCAAGUAUGCUUCAGAUCUCCUCUCACGAGCUGGCCUUACUGAUUGCAAAAUUGUUGAUAGUCCUCUAGAGACAAAUGUCAAACUCCGUGCCACUGAUGGUGAGCUACUUUCUGAUGCCACUCUCUAUCGACAGUUAGUUGGCAGUCUCAUCUAUCUUACUGUGACACGACCAGAUCUUGCCUAUGCAGUCCACCUUGUUAGUCAGUUUAUGACAGCACCACGCUCGGUUCAUUAUGCGGCUGUUCUUCGCAUCCUUCGCUAUGUGAAGGGCACCUUGUUUCAUGGUUUGCAUUUCUCUUCUCACUCAUCAUUAGACUUACAUGUAUAUUCAGAUGCUGAUUGGGCAGGUGAUCCCACUGAUCGUCAUUCCACCACGGGUUAUUGUUUCUUACUUGGUGAUUCUCUCAUCUCUUGGCGUAGUAAGAAACAAUCAGUUGUUGCACGCUCUAGCACCGAAGCUGAGUAUCGUGCUCUUGCCGACACCACUUCCGAGCUUCUCUGGCUUCGUUGGCUUUUACAUGACAUGGGUGCUUCUCAGACCUCUAGUUCUCCUAUCUUUUGUGACAAUCGAAGUGCGAUUCAAAUUGCGCAUAAUGAUGUAUUUCAUGAACGUACUAAACACAUUGAGAUCGACUGUCAUUUUGUGCGCCAUCAUCUUUUGCAGGGGACCCUCCGUCUCUGUCCCAUUGCUUCCGCUGAUCAGUUGGCCGAUGUGUUCACCAAAGCACAUCCACCUGGACGGUUCCGUGAUCUUGUUUCCAAACUCAAGUUGGCAUCUACAUUACCACCUUGAGUUUGAGGGGGGAUGUUAGAAUAUAAUCAGAAUAUAUUCUGAUUAUAUUCUGAUAAUCACCA